AUGGAUCAAUGUGAUCAUGACCUGGAUCCUUUCUCCAGCGAGAGUCUCUGGAGACUCUCUAAGUUCAGCAUAGAAGCUUUACAGCCAUUGGAGUCGCUACCAUGGAACACCUUUCUACCUGAGGAUCCCAUAUCGUGCUUUGAACCAUCGCAACAGCCCACGGAUAAGCUUGAUUCGGUAUGGAAGCUCGAGAAUUUUCCAACCACGCUGGAGCCACCCAAAUCCUUCGCCGACUCGAUCAUCAAUUCCUCCAUAGAUAGCCAGUCCGACACAUCAUGUGAUGCUUUGCCAGACAUAUCAGACAAUAUUACCGAUCUUUGGUCCUUGGAUCUAUUGCAGGAAGAUCCUGGCCAAAUUGUCCCGCAGAAAUCAUGGGAGAGGUAUCAGGACAGGUCAUUUCAAGAGCCCGUAUCUGUCUACUUUAGUGAAUCUGGGGCAAAGGGCUUUGAUGCGGCGUUGGCACAUCAUAAAUUUACAAGGAGCGCCGAUCCGCCCACUCGAAUGGUUCGAACAGAUGUGUUUAAUCGAUCACUGCUUCGUCUGGGGCUUGGCUGGAGCUCCGCAUUUUUUCGCUACGAUCAACCCACCAACCAAUUUGUGAGAGAUUUGAAAGAUAUACAAGUGUCAGGUGUCAGCCCAGUGGCAUUGGAAAGCGUGGUCAAUUACGUGCUACAGUGUGGUACUCAUAUGCAGCGGGUGCGGUUGUUUGCGCAAGAUCCACCAGCCCAGUGCAAAGAAAUCUCAGCUUUAUUCACAUUAAGUGGCACAGUCGCGGUGAUUAUACACACCCUUGAACAACAGAUAUCCGACCAUUCGAAACACGUUGUCUCACUCCUACAAAUCAAGGCCCUGUUCCAUCGCUGUGGUGACUUGAUAGGUGUUCUCGCAAAUAUUGUUGAUGCUUCCCAGAAAGCCACUUCGGACGCACAAGUCAUAUCAAUCGUCACUAAGCUCGCAGCUUAUUAUGCGCAAAGGUUUGGCUGGAUGGAGCCUCUUGUGCAUGAGAUUGUGACUCGGGUAACCAGGCCAUGGUUCAAAUUCGUCGACGCUUGGAUUGGGCUUCAGCCGGAAGAAACGGCGCUCAUGGAAUCUUUGGCUCGUGGGAAAGCCUUUGUUCGACUGGAGACUCAUGAUUCUGGCAAGUUCAAGACCGGGCCGGCGCGAAUUGACUACAUCUAUCAAUCGGACCACAUGCCAUUGUUCAUCCCGGCAGACCAAGCUCGUUCGAUCUUCGAGAGUGGGCGAAGUCUUCAACUACUGAAGGAAGUUCAUCCGCAUCAUCCCAUUGCACGCCAUGAUGUUCUCUCCCGGAAUGGAGGUCUUCAUCUACACUGUGCGACCACAUGGGCUGGUAUUGAGCAAAUCCAAACAAAGGCGCAAGAGUACGAGUCAAAACUUCGUGCUGAGAUCAAAAGAUAUCAAGAAGGUUAUACAGACCUGCAGAAUUCACGAUCAGACGUACUCGUCCAGGGUGCUCAACCAGCCGACACAGAAAUUACAACGGCAGCCUUCAAACUCUUCGACAUAGACGACGAGGAAGAAGGUUCGGGACCAGUCACGGAUCACAGAGCUCUCUCGAAAGACGAUUUCAACCGACUACUCGACAAAGCUCGGAAACUCAACCCUGGAGUCACUCAUGAAGGGAGUCAGCUCGGCCCUGAGUUAGCCUCUGGCCUCCAUCUCUCACUUGCGCCUAUUCUUUCGUCACAAGCACUUCUCAUCAAUUAUUCUUGCCUGCAUCUUCUCUUCAAAGAACAUCGAAUCCGUCAUCAUCUCAACAUGCAGUGGCGAUUCCAGCUCCUGGGAGAGGGCUCGUUCGUCUCCCGUCUUUCCAAUUCCUUAUUCAGUCCGGAGAUGGAAAGCGGAGAGCGAAAGACCGGAAAAGUGCGCAGUGGUAUCGAUACUGGUUUACGCCUUGGCAGUCGUGAUACAUGGCCGCCAGCUAGUUCAGAGUUGCGACUAGUGCUGAUAGGCCUGUUGGGAGAUUGUUACUUCGGUGGCAAACACAAAGAAGAUGACGAAAAAAAUCAAAUUCGGAAAGAUAACGAAUUGCCGGGUGGACUAAGCUUUGGAAUUCGAGAAUUAUCUGACGAAGAAAUUGAAGGAUGCAAAAACCCGAAUUCAAUAGAGGCUCUGGACUUCCUUCGGUUGCAGUACACACCACCCAAAGUGCUUGAAUCCCUCAUUACUCUUCGCUCCCUCGAUAAGUAUGAUCGUCUAUUCAAGCACCUGCUUCGAUUAAUCCGCAUGGUCUCUGCCGUUAAAGGACUUGUCCGUGACUCUACUUCUCGAGGAUCUCUGUCAGGAGAUUAUCGGAAUGUUCUGCAGCAGUUCAGAGUGGAUGCCCAACACUUUGUCCUCGCAGUCAGUGAUUACUGCUUCCACAUCGGCAUUGGAUCCAUUUGGCAACGCUUCCAAACCACGCUAAACAAAAUUGAGCACUGCCUCAACCGCGGCGACAUCGACGGUACAAUCGAAGCGGCGCACUCGCUGCCCCGACUCCGCGAUUACCAUGAAGAUAUUCUUGACCAGAUGUUGUUUGCGUUCUUCCUUAGCAAGCGCCACGCUCAGGCUGCCAAACUGCUCGAAUCUAUCUUCGGUACUAUUCUCGCCUUCGGUCCUCUGUCAAAAGCAGAUGGAAUUGGGAUGCGCAACGAAAGUGAAGGAGCUGUUCUCCAUCUUUAUCAGUCUUUCAGAAAACAGACUUCCGCUUUUGUCAACUAUCUUCGCAGUCUGGAAUCUGGAAAGGCCACUUCCAAAUCAAUGGCUAAAUCAGGGGCAUUCUUCUCCUCGCGGCCAGACCCAACGAGUGUCUUUGAACACCUGCGGGUAAGAUUAGACAUGAAGAAGUACUAUUGA